AUGAGAGACAAUCUUGGUCUGGUCUUGGAGGUUUGUUCCCUGCCUGGGGGUCUGGCCAGCAUCCGCAGACAGUUUGAGAAUGAGUGCAUGUCAUCAUCUCACAUGGUCACCCAGAUUCACCACACACACAGAUCUGUGCAGGAGGUGUCAGAUUCAUCAGUGAUGAGUGUGGCGAGCAGCAGCAGGGGUCGACAAGUCUCGCAGCAGGUCUUCCACCAGGAUGAAAGGGCUGCAUGUGAUCAAAUACCUCCUAACCAGGAGGUUAUUUCAAGUUAUGAGAAUCAUCACAAUGAUACAGAGGAGGAAGAGUACUAUCCAAGGCUCUCGACUAAAGAACUGGCACAGCUAAAAACUUUUGAGGGAGCCCCUAGCAAGAAAAUUAAGAGACAGAGGGAACUAUUAGAACUGAAACAACUCUGCAAAAACAUUCACCCUGAUGUCAUUGAAGACCUGGAAAGAGAUUUUUACGAUGAAGAGUACAAUGAAGAAAUAGGAGACGUUCAAGAGCCAGCAAAUCAGUUUGAACAAACCGGCAGCAAUUCAAACGGAAGCCCGGAUCAAAAAUAUUUGGAGUGUGACAAGAAUCUGAGAAGUGAAGUGCAGUCCAUGCGCUGGAUGUUUGAGAACAAACCCUUGGACCGCAUUAAGGAUGAAUUGGAUAAUGAAGAGGAUUGCAAAAAGAUCAUUCAGCAGGAAAUCUUUCCUGAAGGUGAUGUUAAGAACAGGGCUUUGAUGUUUGAGAUGCAGCCCAUGGACACACAGGAAAUGCAACGUGAUUUGAGUUAACAGAACUAUCUAGUGAAUGAAGUGGGGAAAAGAGAUGUGCGUGGUGCCGCCUGGUUGUUUGAGACAAAGCCGAUGGAUACACUAAAUAAAAAUGGGCAAACCAAAGAAGUCAUCUUCACACUUGAAGCCAACGAAGGGGAUGUUAAGUCUGUGAGGUGCAUGUUUGAAAACAAAGAAAUGUAUUCUCUGGGUGACACUGAUUCACUCCGAGAGGAAACAGAGAAAGGUGAUGUCAAAAUUAAAUGGCUCUAUGAAACGCAGCUUUUGAAUGACAUUGACAUGGAACUUUCUCAGGUCAGGCUAAUCUUCAGUAUUUCCAUGGAAGACAACAAGCUAGGGUAUGCGAAAAGAAGAAGGUGGCUGUUUGAGACAAAGAGGUUUGACUCCAUAAAUGCCCAAUGGGAGAGAAAGCAAAAGCAGAAGAAAGAAGAGAUUUUUGGGACGGAUGUACACAAACACUGCAUGGUGUUUGAGACAUAGCCAAUGGACAUACAUAAAAAUGAUGCCAACUCCAGACCUGUUGCCACAGAACAGAUUAUUGGAGGUAAUGUUUGCUCUUUGAGACACUUAUUUGAAAACGCUCCACCGGAUAAACUCAAAGAGCUUCCAGAAGUGAGAAAACUAAAUAAAAAAGCAGUGUUUGAAGAAGGAAGAGGGGAUGUGAGACACCAAAAAUGGGUGUUUGAAAAUAAACCUCUGGUGAACAUUAAAGAUGAGGAUGAUAAGGUAAACUGACUUAAGAAAACCGUAGCAUCUGAUGAAUAAAGAGGCGACGUGAGAAAUCAAAGAUGGCUGUUUGAGACCCAACGUUUGGAACAUAUUCAAGAGAAAAAGAGAGAGUUUGUGAAAAUAAUUGAUUCAGAGCAAAUAGAUAGAGGUUACAAGGGUGAUGUCCGCAAAAAUUGUUUGGUGUUUGAGAUGCAGCCGAUCUAUAUGUUAAAGGGUGAUUUCAAUGCCAGAACAGUAAGCGCUGAAGAAUUUAGCUGAGGUGACGUUCAGUCUGACAGACACUUUUUUGAGACUGCUCCAAAAGAUGAGAUGAAAGAGCUUGCCGAGGUGGGGAAGCUCAAAAGAAUGAUGACAUCUGAGGAGAAAGAAAAUGUUUGACACCAGAAGUGGUUGUGUGAGCCGCUGGAGCAGAUCAGAGAGGAGAGAAAGGAAAUAAACAAGAAAGAGGAAAUAGAAAAUGUCGAUGUGAGCAAUUAGAAGCACAUUUUUUAAGCAUUUGAUUUAAACCAAUAUGACGAAAUUCAGAAGAUUCAAGUUGAGGGUGUCACCACUGGCUCUGUUAGAUCAAAUAAAGAUCUAUUUGAAUCCAUGCCAUUAUAAGCUCUGCCAGACAGCUCUGGGCAUUAUCAUGAGGUCAAAACCAUACAGCGGGAAGAAAUCGUCAAAGGAGAAGUCAGAAGCUGCCAAUGGAUGUUUGAAACUGGCCCUGUUGACAAAUUCGAUGAUAGCAUCACUAAAUUCCAAAUCAUAAAGGGCAUACCACAACAACACUUACAAUCUGGACUGGAUGUCAAGAUGGCAAAAUGGCUCUUUGAAACCAAGCCCCUUGAUGCCAUCACGUCCCCUUGUAAUUAUAAGUAUUUCAGCAAUAGUGAAGACGAGGAGUGUGUUACAAGGGAGAAAGGAAUAAUCAAAUGUGAUGUUAAAACCUGUAAGUGGCUUUUUGACUUGAGACCUAUAGACAUGCUUUAUGAAAGGUAUGAGCAUAAGAGUACAAAAGAUUCUGGUGAAGUUCAAAAAGGCGAUGUGAGAACAUGCACUUGGCUUUUUGAAACGCAAAUCCUUGAUACCAUACUGGAUAAGGUGUUGCAAACUUGCAUUGUGAAACAAGAGGACAUUCAUGGAAAAGAUGUCCAAAUGGCACGUUUCCUGUUUGAGACAGAGAACCUGGAGAGAUAUUAUGGAGAUCGAGAAGCUCUUAAGAGUUUUACGGAGAUAGACAUACUGAUGAAAUACAUAUCUGAGACCCAAUCUUCUGACGUUAUGAGCUCUACCUUUGAGGAUUUCAUGAGACAGCUGAGGAGUGCUUAAGCUGAGUAUAUUCAUAAAGUAAAUGUUGGAAACUGCAAAUGGCUAUUUGAAAACCAACCCAUAGAUAAAAUAUCAGAGACCCCCGGUGCUAAAGGAGCUUGCAUGAUACAAGAUGUUCGGGGAGGCAAUGUGGAUGAAGACAGAUUCAUUUUUGAGACCUACACAUUAAAUGAGAUUCAAGGUGUGUCCAAUGAGGUCAAAAUUAGAAAGCUGCAGGAAGUCAUCAGAGAGCAUGAGGAAAAAGGAGAUGUGAAAAAGUGUGCCAUAAUGUUUGAGACUCAGUCUCUCUAUGUCAUCCAAGAGAAGAGACAACACUUAAAAAAGAAGAAAACAAUAGGUGAUGUAGUAGGAGCCCGUUGGCUGUUUGAAACAAAGCAUCUGGACUCAAUUAGAGAGACAGAUGAGGUAUAUCUUUUAAAAUCCAUUACAGAGGAAGAUAUCCAAAAAGGUGAUGUCAGCUCAGCAAGAUGGAGGUUUGAAACCCACCCCCUUGAUAUGAUUGCAGAAGAUGCCAAAAUAACAAUUAAAAUGAUCAAAGACAUCACAGGAGGGGAUGUAAAGGGCAUUCUCAUUCAAGAAGAUAAACAGGGAGAUGUUGGAAUGACGAUCUACUCUUUAUUAAAUUCCUAAGGAAUCAAGGAAAAUAUAGUUGGAGGUAAUGUAAAAGGGUGCCUAGAGAGACUUUGCAAUCCAGACACAGAGGAGAUUGUGAGAAUUAAAGUGGAUGAAGCAGAGAGGGGAAAGGUGAGCUUUUAUUCUACAUGUAUUGAGUCGGGUGCACUAGAUUACCUCAAAAAGUUGCAGGUAGAGCCAGAUGAGGCUGACCCGGGUAAAACUGAAAGAGAGGAAAUCAUCUGUGGUGAUAUUAAGGUAACACAACUGAGGCUGACAUGUAAUCAAGCUCAAAUCGGUUGUCUGGUUGAUAGGGAAGAUAUAGUCCCAGGCCAUGUUCAUAACACAGUUAAGGUUUUCAUGACCGAGCCUCCAGUCUCGUUUGAACAUUUACAGAGAGAAGAGAUUGUGAGAGGAGACCUGCAAGCAGCGAUUAAUUCACUAACACAGUUUGUAAACCGAUCGGUUGUUUUGGAGAAAGAAGAAGUGAUUCGAGCUGAUUUACCUACAACCCUUAGGUCUCUAGAGGAGGCCCAAAAUCAGCCAAGAGAGGUAGAAAAACUUGAAAUCAUUCCUGGUAACAUCAAAGGAGUGCUGAAAUUGCUAGAAGUAGAAGAUUUAGUGCCAGGUGACAUCAAAGGUAUAUUGAAAUCACUGGAGGAGGCCAAACAUGCAGUGACAGAGGUGAAGAAGCAGGUGAUUGUAAAAGGUGACAUUCACAGAGCAAUACAGAGUCUACAAGAAGUGUCAAAUGAGGGAAAGGUUUACCAGCCGGAGAUUGGUGUCGAGAGAGAUGUGAAGGGCAAGACUCAGCUCAUGCUUGAGCCUCCUCCAUCUUCCAGAAUGAAGCUUUCCAUGAAAUCACUCUAUGACACCCAAGAGCAAAUGCAAUCAGGGAAAGAAGAAGUGAUAAAAGCAGAUGUUAAGGGCACAAUAAAAUCCUUAAUGGAAACAGCCCAGAGAGCUAGCAAAGCGAUUCCCCAAAGGUAGACUAUAAGAAAGGUCAAAGUUCAUUACAAGACUCCAUCUCCAUCAGUGAAAGACAUUCCAGCACAAAGGAACCUCACAAAAAGUGUCUGUAAGGAUUUGAUCUGACUGGAUCAAAGAAAACAGCUAGAAAUCCAUAUGCCAGCUCUACCACCUGACCCCAAGCCCCUUCUGCCUCCCCCUCCAACAUCGCCUCCAGAUUAUGAUAGCAUCUCCUUCACCAAUCCUCCUCCAAACAUUAGGGGUGAUCAUGAUCCUCCUCUUCCUCUUCCAUGUGAUCCAUCCAGGACAGAACUUGACCUUUUACCUCCUCCGCCAACCCCACCACCGCCUCCUCCUCUCGCUACACCCACAGUUGAGCUAGACCUCCCUACACCUCCCACAGAGCAGGAGCUAAACCUCUUUCUGCUGCCCAACAUAACACCAUCCAAACCCACUAAAAUGACUUUCAAACCCAUCAAAGCACCAACACUGUGCAAAGUACCCAAGCUUGAGCCAGCGAUUUCAUUUGAGAAAAUGGAUGUGCAGGCUGCACAAGAGACCAGAAAAAAUGUCACCACAUCAUCAUUUAAGUGCACUGUGAUAUCCUCUGAAAUUCAGUCUGCAUUUACAAAACAGCCACCCGAAUCUCCACGGCUUUCCAAGAAAGUUUUCACCACUUUGACGCUCAUCCCCCCCGCCUCUCCUCCUCCACCGUGCAAAUCCCCGGUAAGCAAAUUCAAAACCCCAUUAAUACAAGCCGAACAGAAAUACAGACAGCAUAGGGAGGAAAGCUGCACACCACCUCCGUCGCGCUCCCCGCCCUUUGAGAUCUGCAUGCAUGAGUCAGUCAGUUCAGAAGCUUCAGAGAGCACGGGCACGGUGCAAUCAGAGGCAAGUAUAUCAUUUGAUUUCACUCAAGAGAGAGCUCAAAAGAGUGUGACCAAAUCCGAAUCAGCCACAGACUCAUCCAAGCACACAGCUCUCUAAAACGCUCCCCCAAGCAAGGCUUUGAUCGCUGCCACAAAUGAGAAAUCUCCUCCAGAAUCUCCUUUUAUUUCCUUAGUUAAACAGAACAUCAUCUCUUAUCAGUCAAUGCAUGGCUCUUUGGGUCAGCAGCAGACCACCUCCACUUCAACUCAAAAGAAAAAGAAGAAAUCCGUGAUCCCCAGUAUAAAACAGGUGACGAGGACGGUUAUUAUAAACACAACCAAAGAAGAAAUAAAGUCCUCUGAUAAAACAGACAAACCUCAAAGUGUCUCUGAAACUCAAUUUGAGAAUGUUAAGAAAGAUGUGAGCAGCAUAUCUUUAUCUGAAGACAACAAAGAGGAAAGCUCUCCAAAGAAAAAUCGAGACAAAAUCUCCCCUGAUCGAUCCAGACCAAACAAAGAGAGUCAAAUUAAGGAUGCUGAGCAGAAGCAACAAAAGGUUGACAGUCAAAAGGCUAAGAAAGUUAAUAAGAACGCUAAACUGGAAAGCAAGGAGAAAGCCACGGUGGAGCAGGAGAAGGUUCAGGUGAAAGAAAGCAGAGAAAGCCCCACAGAAACAGACAGUAAAGUGGAGAUAGAGACCAAAGAGAAACCUGUAGAAGGGCCCCCUGCCACUUGGCAAAAGAAAAGGAGGAGCAAGAAUAAGAAAGACAGAGAAGCCGCUCAAAGUAACAAGCCUGCUGAGCCUAAGUGGCCAGUCCUGACAUCUGAUGAAAAACAAGACAAAAUCACAGAUGUGCAAACACAGCACACCAUUCCUACAGGGCACACAAGGGCACCUUACAAAGAGGUCAUCAAAACUUAAAGUACAGUCCAACAGCAGAGUUUCCAGGAGGAGGGCGCGACUGUAAAACUUCAAAAGCAGGCCAGUGGAAGCCAGCAGACUCCGGAGGAAUCAAAAGAUGAAAGCAGACAUUUUCCAAUAAAAAUGACAGGCAAAUCUGCACAAAAGGAACCUGCUGAGUCCUCAGCAGAGAGCUCCGGCACAUCUCUAAGACAAGCCGAAGCGCAGAAGAUGUCUCAUAUCUCAGAAAUACAGGGGGUUGCAGGACAAAUGGACUCUGAGUCUGUGAAGACGCUGCUCAAUGAAAUGCCCGCCUGCUUUCUGGGGCCAGGAGAGAAGAGUGAUUUGGAAGGGGCAGCUGUUGAACACAACGAACUGAAGCUCUAAAAAAUUCUUGCUUAUGCUAAAAGCCUUGUUGAAGCUAGGCUAAUGCACUUUAACUGCACAAUUGAAAAGCAUGAAUGUGAGGCCAUCUCUGAAAAAGUAGUCUCUAGUGGAGUGAUACAAGGAAUUUUAAAGAUUUCUAUUGGUUCAGCAAGGUGUGAAACACAGAAGGUGGUCAAAGACAGCAUGUAAGAGCUGAAGGCAACAAAUGAAAGUGAAAGUGACGCCACGACUUCCCAGAUGAGCAGCGUUACAACUCUUGGCCCCAGAGCUCCAUCCCCAUUGUUACAGAUGAGCUCAUCCUCACCUACGUUCAUCACCAUCAAGCAGGUCAGAAAUGUCACAGCUACGCUCUCCCAGAUGCCUGAUCCAAUGCCUCACGUGGAGCCUGUCACAGGAAAGAAGUCCGAAAAUGUGGAAUCUCCCGCCACGAUCCAGUGGCAAAUCAAUCAAAAUUGAUUGAGACUUGGGCCUUCUAAAACGCAAGUUGUGACUGCUGAAGUGAAUAACGCUAACGUAAGUGGAGAUCCCAUUAAUAUUCCAGAGUGCUUAGGCCCCAACACACAGGAUUCAGAGCCUGAAAGUGCAGUGAAAUAUAAGGAAAAUCUGUCUAAGGUUGAUCUGUCUGGACUAGCCAAGACAAUGGAGAUGUCAGAAGGCAAAGCUGGUAUUAGAAAAGAACCAAUUGACAUUACAGAGAAGCCUGGCGUGGAAACUGACGAACUGGAGCUUGAUACGGAGAAAACAGCAAGACAACAAGAGGAUAUGGCUGAAGACGUGAAGAAUUUUGAAAAUGUUUCUGAAAUGAGUGAGAAAAGUUCCCCCAUCAAAAAGGUACAAAACAAACAGGAGGAACAGGAGUCAAGAGUGAGUGAAAUUGCAUCUGAAGGUUCAAAGCCUGAGCUUCCUCCUGAGAGGGAACAAUGCUCCCAGCUGAGCUCCCCUCUGCUUCUGCACAAAGAUGCGAAAGUAGACAAGUCUGUCGAUCCAACAGGCUUUUCAGAUACAGAAACAUUCACUGAACAUUAUUCUUCUAUUGAUGAGUUCGGGACUAAAAUUAUUGGAUUAAGAAGCAACACAACCGUUUCUACACACACUCAAAGUGUUGUGCCGCAACACGUGCCGUUUUCCUAUGCUGAUGCUGUGAAGAAAAAGACAUCAGAGGUGACAGUGUCAACUGAGGUCUCUGCAGAGGAACUGAUGAGCUUCCAUAAAACCUGGACAGAAAGUGAGAGUGUGUUCAAAAGCAUAGGUGUCACAGGUGAGAGAGCCAAGCCACCUGCUAGUGCAUCAAACAGUGACUGCUGUGCUGGGUGA